UUUUCACUAGUAUAAGGCGUCGAUACAGUCAAGGAGGAUUAAGCGACUUUAGCAGAGAAAUCAAUAUCACACCCACGAAACUACAUACGACCGUGUUUGGAUUGUUUCUUGCAAUCUUCUAGUAUUAACUUCUUUCAUGUGAUGCGCUAGAAGGACCUCAGAACGGAUAAGAAGCGGAACCCAAAAGAAUAGCAUGUCAUUAUGUGCUUCCGUGGCAGUGCUAUGAGCAUGAAGCAACGCAAGCGUAAAUCCCCGUCGGCGCAAGCUUGUUUUACUGAAAGCGAGAGGGAAAGUUCUCCCCGAAAACGCAAUGUGUCUUGCCCCUGGGACAUGGUGCCGCCAGAAGUGGGAACUCGUGUCCUUAGCCUUCUUACGGUUCAAGAUUUGUUCCGUCUACGAAGAGUGGACCACCGAUUUAAGGAGCUCGUCGACAGCCACCUAGCUACCACGAGGGUCGUUAGCUUUUCCACUGAGUCCGAGACUAUCCCGUGGGCGAGGGCAACUGGCCUGGUGACUGAUAAAAAUGUUGUUCCCAUAUUUGCACACUUCCCUAGAGUUGAAGAGAUUCGUGGAUUUGCGUUCAGCAAUAUUUGCUUUCGGCGAGUCACGAGAUCUCUCGAGCGUUCCGGAUGCCUCUCUUAUCGUGGUCUUAUAUGGGCUUUUCGGAGCCUCCAUCACCUUCGCAGAGUGUCUACAAACGAUGUUGCUCUUGCUUCAUGGCUUAUGUCGACUUUUCCCCGGGUAUAUGUGGACCUCUCAUUUUCAGGUUAUGUCAAACUUCUCCCCUGUCCCGUGAACGUUCCUCGUUGGGUGUUGAGUAAUAAAUUCUGGCUUAUUAAUCAGAGCCUUCCACCCUUUCCUCUCCGAGGUGACACUAUUGAAAGCGUCCUACUUGAGAAUGUUUCACUUAAAAGGAGACGAACGACGGUGGAGCAUUUUGAGAUUGAUUGCCCCAACCUACGGCAGAUCGCUUUACGGAGAAACUGUUAUGACAUAAAUAGCUGCACUUUCACCUGUCGGGUGCUCAACUCUCUAGCGAGGUGUCCUAAGCUAGAAGUGCUUGAGUUGGCAAAUGUUGACUGCACCCCCGGUGAGCUGGAAGCUGUCAUCUUGGACGAAGCACGUGCCGGAAUGCGACCUUUUGAUAAAUUGCGCAUGCUGACCCUCAGUGAAUGCGAGACCUUUUCCAUGGGCGAUGUGGCUCGACUCUUGUUUUCGUGUCGAAAUUCCCUUGAAGAAUUGAGAAUCGAUCCGACCUUCUGUACAUCUUCAUUACUCAGGGUCUUAUGCGCAAGCGGUGCGGUCUUCCCGGCGCUUCGUGCUCUAUACAUAGGUUAUUGCGGACAUGACAGUUUACCGUGGGACUCUCCUUAUGACGCUUUUUGUCGGCUCGACGAUGAAGAUUUAGCUCGCAUCAGUGCGUUAUGUCCGCACCUAAAGGAAUUCAGCCUCAGGGGUUGCGCUUUCUUGCACGAUGCAGCUCUAUGGAAGGGUGACUGGACACAACUGGAAGUCCUACAGGUGGCUUAUUGUGGAAUGUUGAACAUAAAUUCGGUAGCUGAGUUUGUGAACACGAAAUGCUCAUCGCUGCGUCAUUUGGCCCUGCAUUGUGUCACUCCAGCAACAGAAGACGGAGGUCAACUUCCUCCACUGACUGGAGAGACAGACAGUCCUGUCCAAGACUGUGCAACUAGUGGGCCAAGCGAAGAUGGAGCCGCCACUGCACAGGAAGGUCAACCUCAAGCACCCCCUCCACCUGUCGCUAAGAAGGAUCUAUUGCGGCGAUGUGCUGAUGGGCCUCGGGUAGCUGCGCGAGCAACCUCUGCACCCCUAGGAGCUCCAUCUGCUGCUCGUGCUCAACUUAGCGUCGACGACACAGCUGGUGGUACCCAGGCCAGCCAAGCUUCGUGCUCAUCGUCGGCGUCGUCGUCAUCGUCGUCGCCUGCCGCCGAGGCGAGCCUUGGAUUUAAUCAGCACAGUGGUUCAAGCAUUUGCCUCAGAAGUGAACACCUGGCUUCAGUUUCACUGGUCAAAAGCUCUCUUUCAUAUUUGUCCACCGAGUGUCCUCGUCUUGACAUUGUGCAAGUGGGUCAUUGUCCUCACUUACGGAGCAUUGAGGUACGCGGACCGCCAGUGAGGGUAACAGUGGUAGAGUCACCACUCCUUGGAGAAACCCUAUCUUCUCUUCCGCAAGGCAGCCUCGUGCUGGCACAGGAUUCGCCUUCAAUAAGAGCUCUGGUUGGCCGCACGAAGGUGCUGUUUAUGGACGCCACUGAGGUCUCGGAAACAGAGCUUUAUACCGCUAUUCUUCCCAAAAUGAAAACGCGUCUAAACAAGGAACUAACGUGCGGAAAAGACAACCCGUCGACGACGGCUGUUGGUGUCGUGUUAGCCCGGGUUAGGGACAUCGUCUAAGCUUUGAGCCGCUCUCUCCAGGACAAGGACUUGAGUAGGCAAAGUCACUAGAAAAGCUUGCUAUUAAACGCAACAUCCAAUGGCAGAAUGUCGGCAAAUACUUCCUUUAACUGGAGCCUCGAUUUGCUGUAUCAGAGGCAUCACUAAAACGCAACGUCACUGACCUCAAUGUCUGCUAAACAUACUCUGUAAACUGAAUGAAAACAUGCCUCGCCGAACAUGUACAAUGAGCGGAGCAUCAGCAUGUGUAGAGCAUUUGUAUUUUCGCUAACGUCAGCGUUUAUUGUGUGCUCAUCUAGAUGUUGUUAAACAAUGAACAGACUGCGACCCGCAGGCAAGCCCCGAGUACGGCGGAAAUCUGCGCUAUGAUAUGUCUUGUCGUUGGUUUCUCCUCUAGCAAAAAACAAAUAGGAGGACCCCAAAAAGAACUUAGUGUUGCUUAGAAAAGAUGCGUGAUUAUAUUUGUAGACGAAUUACAAAUGUGAUAUACACGAUAUAUAUAUAUAUAACGAUUAGUGGACAGACAUACAAAGAAUAGUAUAAACAGGCCGAGAUAUGUGUAUAGAUACUGUUUGAAAUUGAAAGUGAAGGUAAAAGCGACAUUAUUUUCUAAGUGGGCACCGAAUAGCCUUGCGUUUCAAUUUACAUGCUCAUGCAAGCAUUUCUGUUUUUGCGUGUUUCCAUCACAUGCGAUGUUUGUGGUGCCUAGUUAGAAGGAAAACAGCGUCGAUGUUCUCGAUUCUACAAUAUAUAUAUAUAUAGAUGUCGAUCCUAGAAUGUAUGUGGAAUGCCAUACAAGACUAUCUAUUCUGAAGGUGGGCGGAGUGUGUGUGAGAGUUAUGUUUUUUGGCGCGAAAGCGAUGGAUGGACGAGCAACAGUUGGUACGGUGGCCUCCGCAGAUCAUACCUGUGAGCUGACGCAGUGAUACCCUUUUCCGGAUCGAUGAUGCAGCUACGAGGUGUUGUAAUUGCUGUUAUCUAAUGGGCGCAAAUGUUAUAAAUUAGGGCUUGUUCAUGCGCCUGUUUAUACACUGCCAAGUAACUUAUGGAGAAGAACAGAAAUCCAAUGCCGCCAGUAGAUGGCCCUGUUUAGUGGUUUGAAACAAGGCCAAAUCAUGUAGUUCAUCAAACGAACUCUUUUGUAGCAAACAACGGAAAUACAAAAACACCGAUAAAGGACUAUAGGCAUGCUUGUUCCUGAUAUCACAGAUCUCACACUUGCGUCUGAUAUAGCGGUGCUUCCCGCCUAUGAAAUCACCCCUUAGGUACACUCUAAAUUCUGUCAGGAGAUAACUUGGUAUCAGGUCUAUCGGUAACGAAGACUUCUCUGACAAAUUUUCCGAUUAAGUUACUUUAACCAGUAGCCUUUUACGUGUUCAGCAUAAACUUCAAAAUGGGUUCCAUGGUUAAUGAUUCAACAUGUAGAAGUUAGCCUACAGCCUAUUUCUAUAAAAUGUAUACUAACUUUUACAUAUGUAGAUAAAUCUCGCGAAGAAUGACUCAAAUUCGAUUUUGAGUUUAGCAUGCAAAACAGGCAUACUUCAUGCUCAUCGUAUCUGUACUGAGAUGAAUGGUUUGAGCUGGAUUUUUCUGUGAUGAUUAUCUGUUCUCCAAAGGAUACUGAAAUUCAUCAAUGAAUAUCUACGGUAUUGUGUCUUUAUUCUAAGAUUACCACUUCAUAAUUCAUGAGCAGCCGUUGAGACACAUUGAGUAUUAGUUUUGUUUUUUGCACAAAACAUGUGUCUCUACGAUCUGCGAAAUAUUCAUCUAGCUAUCGGAAAAUAUAAUUGGCUCAACCAUUAUUGUAUAAAAAACGAGAACCAUCACUAUUAACUUAAUCAUUAUCAUUAGUACUGCCUUGUUCAGCUCCAUUUCUCGGCCACAAUACCUCUUGCUAUUGGCUUGAAAAGGGACUCUCGUUAGUAAGGUCACCUAUUGGGACACCGUUAUGACACACACACAAUAUAUUGGGUGGCUCAUGGUGGCAUUCGUCUGUUGUGUAAAUAAUAUAUUGGCUGAGGUAUAUUUCUCGCUGAAUAUUGGUUGGCGUCGGCCAGCCCAAUUUGCAUUAAUAAAUAAAAAAAAAGAAGUUAUACUUCAGCGUGAUAUUAUACAUACAAUAGUAAGACCUCAGUAUUACUGACCAAUCUUCCGUUGAAUGUUGAAACAGAUGGAAAAACAUUAUACAUUAUAUAUAAUGGCAUAAAUCUAGAUUAUUUUAGAUUUACGUAAUCCAUGUCAAUUUAUUAUUACUACUAUUAAGAUUAUUUCAGUAUGACCGUGUAAUGACACUUACAUAGAUUCAAUGUAUCAUACAACUAUUUAAAUACAUAAAGAAUUAUAAAAAUCGCUUGUUGGCGUCGUCUUAAGUAUUACUGAGCAGAUAAAUACAUGAAAACAAAUGGUGGAAUUUAUAAAAUAUGAGAUUCAAUUAAAGAAAAAUCGUAAAGGUAAAAUUCAACGAAAGUGAGAAAUAAACAUAAAGAGAAAAAUAAAGAGAAUAAAUAAAAAGAGAAGGAAACUUAAGACGACGAUGGCAGUUACAAGUCCGAUUCCGACCCAUAUUCAUGAAUAAACAUAGAAAACAUCAAAUAUACAUAUAUACAUGCAUAUAUGAUUGUUGGCAUUCUGUUACAAUGUACACAUGAUUAAUUAAUUAUAACAAUAUUAAUAAUAAAUUUUGAGAAACUGUCGAGCCCUUGUGUUUUCAUAUCUUUUCUUCUACCUAAUUUACAUUUUCGAACACAGAGCACUUAACGCUUAAAAAAAUGAUGACUGAGGUCACGUUAGAUAGAUAAAUCUGAUUUUAGGUUUACGUAAUUAUACUAAACGUUUUUAAGAUAUCGUAGGUAGAUUUAGUUUAGUGGACUACUUGAAA